AAUGUUCAACAAUUGAAUGUGAGACAAAAUAAAAAUCGUAAUUCGUGUCCUUUCAACAUUCCCUUCGAGUAGUUAGAAACGUGCAAUAGACGAUGGAAAAUCCCGUGGAGACGACGAAAGACAAGGAGUCUCUCGUCGAGGAGUCAAAACACGAAAAAGAAAAGACAAAUGAGCAAUUGGAAAAGGAAAUCCAGCAACUGCGGCUGGAAUUUAACACACAACGGGCAAAAAUGAAGGAAAUGUACAUGAAUAAAGAGGGCGAAUGUCAAAAGCUCAGCAAAGAUUUGAACGAUCUCCGACAAACUCUGGAACACUCUAAGGUCUCUCUUGAUGCGGAAACCAUGAUUCAGGACUUGCAGGAUCAACAUAGACGUGCGCAGGAAGAGAUCCAGAACUUGCAGACGAUUGUCAAUGAGACCGUGGACGAGUCGGUGAACGCGCAAAACUACGCAAAGCGCUUGUACGACGAAAAUGAGCGAUUAAAGCAAGAAGUGAACCAACUGAGGGAGAAUGUGACGUCAUUAGAGAAUAAUAGCUUCGCUCCAGUGUUGACACAGGUGAAGAAAACAAUUUUGGGGAAGCUUGGGACGUCAGAGACAAACGAUAAUAUGGAAGAUUCCAUGCGGAAGGUAAACAAAUAUGCACACGAGGAUGCCGAAGUCCUCCGAUCAUUAGUUGUACCCUUAGAAGAAGAAAUCAAGCACCUUAAAGAAAAACUUAGAGAUGCACACGAGCAAAUUGAGCAGCAAUCUGCCGGAAAGUCUAGCGCCGCUUCCGAGUCUGCUCUUGUUGGCAUGCUAAAUGACACGCGAAGUGCUUCCCCUAAUAAUCCACAGGAAUCCGCCACGUCGGCAGCUGUGAAGAAAAGUGCGAGUUUCAUCUGCGAAAUGUGCGCGAAUUACGAAACAAAACUCGUUCAGUGUCAAGAAGAAGCGAAAAAAUCGAGUCAGUGCAAUAGUGAGUUGACCAAAGAACUGCAAGAGCUAAAGGAGGAUUUAUCAAAAGAAAUCGCAUUGCGACUGGAUUUGGACAAACAAUGUCAGGAAAAACGAGAAAAACACAAGGAAGAAGUCGAGGUGCUGACGGCGCAAGUGAAAAAAACGGAAGAUCUCUUUCACCAACUCAUCAAAACGUACAACGAAAUGAAGGAAGGCACGAAUCAGGAAAUGCUGAAGCUCACGGCGGAACGAGAACGCAUUUAUCAUCAUCUCGAAAACUUGCAAAAGGACAAUGAUUUCCUCUCGGGGAAGUAUCUCACGCAUUCGCAGGAACUGAAAGACGAGGAAAUUGAUUUGCCGCAAAAUAUUGACGAACUGAAUGAGCUGGUUCUCAAGCUGCACGAAGACCUAAUUGUGUCGAAAUCAGCAACAGAGUACGCUGAAGCAAAGUAUUUGAGUUAUCAGGACGAAGCAAAUUUGUUACGGGAUCAACUUUUGAUGCGAGAUCGGGAGAGACAAGCAAUGGAACGGGAGUUGACAAAUAGGAUUCAAACGUUAGAGGAACAACUGACAUCACACGAGGAAUAUCAAAAGCAACUGCUGCACGAAAAAUCCGAGUUGGAACGCAAAGAGCUUGAAUACAAGAAGCAAAUAUCAGAAUCACAAAUGCAAAUUAUUGAAUUGAGCGCCGCCAAGGAGAAAUUCGAAAAGGUCGCGCAAGAAUAUCGCACGAAAGCAAGCGUGCUGCAGCAGGAACUGGCAAACAACGAAGCUGUGCAAAAGGAUUUUGUGAAACUUUCACAAUCGUUACAAAUGCAAUUAGAGAAAAUCCGUUCGGAAAAUACGCAGGUGCGUUGGCAAGACGAAGACGAAGCCGACAAUUGUGCGCAAUGCAAGAGAGAUUUUACCGUGACAAGGCGAAAACAUCAUUGUCGUCAUUGUGGAACAAUUUUCUGUGAUAAUUGUCUGCAAAAGAACGUUCCAUCGCGAAACGGGCAGAAAAAGGCGCGUGUCUGUGACGUUUGUUACACGCUACUGGUGUCCAGUAGUGCCCCAUACUUUAGUCAAGAGCCACCAAAUUCCCCCUAGACGUAGAUAGAACUUUAGUCGUUGCGCGUUACUGAAACUUUAUCAUUUGCCUAGCAAAUUUUAAACUUUAUUUUUUUUUUUUGAAGAAAAGAAAAUGAAUAAACAGUAUAUAUAUUUAUGUUUUUAAAAGCAAUUU